UUGGCAUUGUCAUAUAUAAAGCAACACAACUUUUAAAAGAAGCGGUAAAUUCCAGCAACAAGAAAAAAGGGCAGAUUUAAAUAAUUAAUAAUGGACCGCACCAUAAUUGCCCCACGAAAGGCCGAAGAGAAGGAACAGAGUGAGAAACUUUAUGUAAAACUUCAAGGCCUUGGAAUGCUCUAUCCAAUGAAUGAUGAAUUGAAGCCAUUGGUGUCCAAAGAUAUGUUCAUCAAGCCAAAUCAGCCAGCCUUCCUGCAGGUAAUGGCUUAUCUAUUCCGCUUGCAUGAUUCCGUAGAGUUUAAAAAGCGCUUCUACUGGCCAAUUACAAGUAAAAAAGAAGAGGCAACCUUCCGUUCGGCUACAGUGGAAUAUCUCAAGGAUUUGAACGAAAAACAUCAAUUGAAAUUCGGUGACAUCAAGUCUUACUUGGUGGUGAUGCCAGGCGGAUUAAAGUUCAUUAAUUUUCUAUCUGAAUUUAUUGGAUUUGUCAUUCGGGAAAUGUGCAAGACCCAAGAAAAGUCAUUGCGUCAAAGUUUAGGUAAAGAUUUCGAUGUUCUACGAAAGAUGCCACUAAAGACCAUGCAAAAGAGAAACAAGUUAUUAAAAGAAGCAGCUUCGUCAUAUGUGGAGGACAUUACCGAAAACUCGGCUCUUUUGAAGGAAAAAAUUCAGAAAAUGAAGGGUAUGAUAUCGCAGAUGUCAAAUAAAACCGGUGUGCCAGUGUCUGUAAUGAUGGAUGAGAGUUUCAUCCAGAACUUUGAAGCCAGUAACAUGCAACUAAUUAAAGAAAGAGUUACCGAGCCAGCUGCCAGAUUGGCAGCUCUUGAGGCUCCACUUUGUGGCCUUAAGGAGGACAUGGAACAGUUUCAAGCUAAACAAUUGGAAAAUAGUCAGGCCAAAGAGUCUGUAAACCAAGCGCUAAAAGUACUUGGCCAUAGUCAUCAAACCGAGUCUGAAGGCUCUAAGAUCAAUGCGUUGUUAAGUUCUUUCAAUAAAAUUAGCGAAACAAUUGCAGAGCAAUUAGAUGCCAACGAUCAUUACAACGAGUCCAAUGAGUAUGUUACGAAACAAUUGGCCGAACUCCAACUUGAUCUAACGCAAAUGCAGAAUCAAGCUACAGAGAUACAAAAGAGCGUGAAUAUUCGCGGUAAGGAGCUGCACAACAACAAAAAUUUGCCAUCGGAUCAGACCUUGGAAGUCCCUGCUACGCCUCGCAUAAAUAAUUUGGCUGCUGAGCAUCCUUUUAUGCUGAAAUAUGUUUCCACGCCACCGAUCAAAUUGGAAUUGCCGCCAAAUGGUUCGCGGAAUCCUCAAGUACGGUUGCCUCUCCAAGACGACAUCGUUGAUGCAAAUCUACAAUUUGAAGCCCUAAGUAAAACCUUAGUAGUCCCAGCUCCACCUCGAUCGGCGCGAAAAGGAGUCAAUAUGGAUCAUACCUUAGAUCAAAGCUCGGCAACAAAUCGUUCCAAGAUACUUGAUCCAAUGCAGCUGCUAAGAACCAUCAAUAAGAAGACAUCCCAAUCCCAUACGAAUCCCAACCAAACAAUGCAGCCAAAGUCCAAUCUCUCUUCGUUGGGCAGUAAAUGGAAAGAGUUGCAAGCUUCCUUUGGAUUUGAAGAGACCACGCCGGUAUCAUCUAGUUCUCUGCUCGGUUCACAUGAGCGAACAAUUACUGAACCCACAGGAGAUACCAAUAGUUCGCUGAUGGCCAAGAAGAGUGCUGCCAUGAUGAAGGUGCUCGAUGCAUCGCUUAAUGUGCAAAAUCUCAGCACUUCGCCAUCGGGUAGACUGGAUCCUUUAGUGCCAUUACCGCCUCGUCUUCAAUUGAACGAUUUUACAAUUACUAAUUCAGAGCCUCUGGAAAUGGAUGAGAAAUUAAAUAGUCCUUUAAACUUGAGUUCCAAUCAACAGGAUUUUGAGCUGCAAAACAUUAGCGAUAGUGUACUCAAGGAUAUUUCCAUGUAGACACUUCGAAUAAUAUAACUAAAACUGUAAAAAUCAAAAAGAAUAUAUUUAUAAUAGGUUUAAUUAAAUUAAACUAAACUAAGCUCUAGAAUUUUCUUCAAACAGAAAGUAAAAACGAUAAAAUACUCUUAAAACUGUAAAAAUUAAAAAAGAAAUGUUUAAUUGAAUUAAACUAAACUGAAGUUAAUAUACAUAUCCUUAGAUCAAUCUUCAAAUUCGAAAGAUUUUUAAAAAAGUCAAUGUUUAGAAUUUUGUUUUUCUUUUUUAGUUUUUUAUUUUUCUGUUACACAUUAAUAUAUUUUAAAAAAAAAUCAUGAAAUUCAUA